AUGUGGAGACUGCAUUUGAUUCCAUUAGAAAAAAUAGCAUUUGUUCACAUAAAUGAUCAACUAAAAACUGAUAAAACUGUGGUUUUUACUGAUUCAUGUUUACCAAGUGUAGUCAUUAUUGAUAAACAAAUUGAAGUUAAUGAAAUAAAAAGUGAAAACGAUUUGCAACUAUUACUUCAAAAUGUAGAUAGCUUUAAAAUAUGUAAAGGAGUUAAUAAUUGUCGCCAAUCAAAAUUGUGUGUUCGUUUCUUUGAUCCUUCAUAA